AUGUGUCUUUCUCUAAAAGACCACCACAUCAUGUGUGCUGGAUUUCAUAAAAAGCUGCGCUGUCAAAAGGGCCACAGUGGCCCAACUUACGAGUCACUGCAAGAAGUAUUUGACAGGAAGUCCUUCAGACCAUCUGUCAACCUCAGUAACCCCACCAUAACCAACAUCUCCUUCACUCUCUACGCCGUGCUAGGAGUGAACGAGAAGACACAGAUUCUCACUACGUUCCUCUGGCUUCGGCUGUACUGGUUCCAUGAGUUCCUCAUAUGGAACCCCGAAGAAUGUGAUGGAGUGACUAAGAUAUCCCUCCCUGUCAGAGACCUUUGGACACCAGACAUCAUUGUCUAUGAGUUCGUGGAUGACGAUGUGUCGCAAGCUUGCCCAUAUGUCUAUGUUAACCACACGGGCCACAUCCGUUACGACAGGAUGCUAAGGCUCGUGAGCGCCUGCAACCUGCAGAUCUUCAGCUUCCCCUUUGACAUACAGAACUGCACCUUCACAUUCGGCUCCUACAUGCAUACCAUAAAGGACGUGCGUGUGAGCCCUGCGUUGUCCUUCGAGGAGAUGUCGGGAAACUCGAAGCGCUACCUGGAGGCCAGUGGAGAGUGGGAGCUGGUGGUAAUCUUGGGAGAGUCUGACAUCCUGCAGUUUGGCAUUGAUGAGUGGGACAUCAUUACUUUCUGGGUGGUGAUAAAGAGACGGCCAAUUCUGUAUGUUGUCAACCUGCUCAUCCCUAGCUCUUUCCUCAUGCUCAUCGACAUUUUGUCAUUCUACCUACCGCCCCACAGCGUUGACCGCGCGUCCUUCAAAAUGACCCUAAUCUUGGGCUACACUGUCUUUCUCCUCAUUAUGAACGACUUGCUUCCCAGCACCGCUAAUGGAACUCCCAUUAUAGGUAUCUAUUUCUCAGUUUGUCUGGCCCUCAUGGUUAUUAGUCUCCUGGAGACGGUCGUUAUCACCAACGUGCUCCAUCAUAACUCAAUGAAAUACCGAGAGGUUCCGCGCUGGGUCCGGAUCUUGGUUCUGGGCUACAUCGCUCGGCUCAUAUGUUACAAGCAUCCCGAUGAUUCUCCAUCCGAACCUGCUACGAAACCCGAUGAUACCGGUGCUUGGGUCAUCCACCCAUCCGCGCCUGUCUCCACCCAACAUACAACCAGCACCGGCUCCGGGAGCUCGGUGCUGGCGGUGCCCGAGCUGAGGCAGAUUUGUCAUGACCUCAGAGCGAUGCGGUCCCACCUCACAGCCCUACAGAAGGGCGAGGAACUGCUGGACCAGUGGUGUCACGUCGGCUACAUCCUGGACUUUCUGCUCUUCCGCAUCUACCUGCUCCUCAUUACCUUCUAUGCCGUAAUCAUCAUCUGCAUGUGGUGUAUCUGGGUCUAUCAAUGA